UUUAUUUUUUUUAAUGCAGCAUCACAUAUGCUACCAGCAGCCCUUGCUCGUCUUCAAAAGGCUGAUGCUCAGUACCUCGUUUCAUUUCGUACCCCCUUUACAGUCUGGCAACUUUUUUGAUGUCAAGAUAAGUGUUAAAUUGCCAACACUGUUCUUUGUCCUGUGUGUAUUAGUAUUACAUAUCCCGAGCCAAUACCCUGGUGUUUCCAACACCGUUUUGAAAAACAAGCCAAAACACAAACUGUGUUUUCGACUUAUUGUUCGAAUAGGAUUUUCAACACCUGACAAUACACUGUAGAGCAGGGGUUAGACUUUCUUCUAGGAUCUCAAUUUCCUUAUUUUGUGCCCGCAUGUAAACGUCCAUGUUUCCUCUCGGAGGCUUCCAUCUCCUGCUUCAUCUCCUCCAUUUGCUUGCCAAUUUUGUCCAAUUUGGCAUCCAUUCUGUGCUCGGCAAUAUCCAUUUUAGCCUGUUUCUUGUCCAGACCAGCCUGUAAGCUAGCCUGUAACUCAGACACCCAGCUUGGUUGGUCGGCAUUGCUAGCUACCUCUGCGCUAGCCCGGAGCACCUGUUCGACUUCUACCUCGUUGUGCAUAUCUCCCGUCUGUUUCCCUGCUUUCUUCUUUUUCUCUUUUACCUUUCCACUUUGAGAAGUACUCAUGACCUAUAUUAUUCAAAGUUCAAGUCGUAGCUUUAGUUUUCUUUUUAGUUUUUUUGCUCAAUUGGUCGAGAGUGCCUCUCGUUUGAUACCUAUCGUCUCAUUACCAUACCGGAAGUCAGAACUGGCUCUUUUUAUGGACAUUUCAUGGAGUUAUUUUAAAUCUUUAGUUAUCUGACCUCUAAGUAAGUCAUAUUUUAAAGAUCUAGUGUAUUGAAAUUUAAUUAAACUAAUAAAACAUGUCUUAUGAAAAAUUUCAAAUAAGAAAUGUAUCACUGUUCCUAACAUGUUUUUUUUUUAUUGUUUGUGUGAAGGAUGAAUGGCUGUCACCUGUCAGAGAGAUGCUGUGAAGCUCUGGCCUCAGUUCUCAGCUCCAACUCCUCUAGUCUGAGAGAGCUUGACCUGAGUACCAAUGAUCUGCAGGAUUCAGGAGUGAAGCUGCUCUCUGCUGGACUGGGGAGUCCACACUGUACACUGGAAACUCUCAGCUUGUCUGGCUGCCUGGUCACACAGGAAGGCUGUGCUUCUCUGGCCUCAGCUCUGAGCUCCAACCCCUCCCAUCUGAGAGAGCUGGACCUGAGCUACAAUCCCCCAGGAGACUCUGGAGCUGCACUGCUCUCUGCUGGACUGGAGGAUCCACGCUGGAGACUGGACACUCUCAGUGUGGAGCACGGUGCAGUGUGGAGGCUGAAACCAGCUCUAAAGAAGUAUGCCUGUGACCUCACACUGGACCCCAACACGGCCGGCAGAUACCUCUCUCUGUCCGAGGACAACAGAAAGGUGACGUGGGUUAGAGAGGACCAGUCGUAUCCGGAUCACCCAGACAGAUUUGACUCCUGGCCCCAGGUGUUGGGUAGAGAGGCUCUGACUGGCCGCUGUUACUAGGUAGAGUGGGAAGGAUGGGUUUUUAUAGGAGUGACAUACAGAGGAAUCACAAGGAGAGGAGGGGGUGUUGACAGCCAGCUUGGACUGAACAACAAGUCCUGGGGUCUUUAUUGUUCUGAUGGUGGUUACUCUGCCCGGUACAACGGUAGAAGAAAAGCCCUCCCUCUCCCCCCCGCUGGCUC